CCUGUUUCAAGACCGGAUAAAGAAAGAGGGUUGGACAUGGGGUCAGUAACCCAAUCUUGUAGAAAACAAACUUGCUAAUAAAAAGCUAAGCAUGUAUAAGAUGUAUUUAAUCGUUUCUACACAUAGAUAAAAUGUAGUGAAUUGUUCCGUUGGUUCAGUAAUGAAAUUAACGAUUCUAUUGAAAUAAAGUGGAUGUUUGAAAGAUGUAAAAAGUGGAUUCCACAUGAAGGAUUUGCAUUUACAUUAGAAAAAAUCCCUGAACAUUGUGGUCGUAAUGCAUUUGAUUAUGAAUGGCGUAAAUAUUUUGGCAAAGCAAUAAAUAAACGUAUUGUUGGAGGUAGUGCUACAGCUUAUGGUGAAUGGCCAUGGUUAGCAUCAUUAAUGUUUUAUCAAACAGCGGAACAAGUUAAAAAACAAAAAGAAUUACAAACCAAAGCUGAUGAAGAAGAAUUAGAAUUUUUAGAUGAAAUUAGUAAAAAUAAUGAAAUAAUUUUAGAUGAAAUUGAUCCAUUUAUACCACCAUCACUUGUUUAUAAUUAUCCAGAUGGUGGUAGACGUUUUCAUUUAUGCGGUGGUACAUUAAUACAUCCACAAUGGAUAAUGACAGCGGCACAUUGUUUUUUCCCAAAUCCAUUUUAUCCACAUCUAUCAGCGGAUCCAUCAAGUUGGAUUGUACGAAUUGGUGAACAUGAUAUGUUGAAUGAAUCAAUGGAACAUUACGAUAUGUCUGUGGCACAUGUUUAUGUACAUCCACAAUAUCAAUCUGCCUCUAGCAGUGGUUAUGAUAUAGCCUUGGUAAAAUUAACAAAUCCAGUAAAAUUAAGUAGAUAUGUGAAUAUUGCUUGUCUACCAUCAGCUGGUGAAGAAGUAAAACCAGGUCAAGUCUGUAUAAGUGUCGGUUGGGGACAUGAAAUCGAUGGAGCCAAAAAUAUUUCUACAAUAUUGAAACAUGUUGGUGUACCAAUUGUUCCAAAUGAUCAAUGUACAAUGAAUUAUGCCACAUUACGUAAUGGACCAAAUCCUAUUGAUGUUACUAUAGAAAGUAAUGUCAUUUGUGCAGGACAUGCAGAAGGUGGUAGAGAUGCAUGUCAGUUUGAUUCUGGAGGUCCAUUAAUGUGUCAAAUUAAUAAACAAUGGACUGUCAGUGGAAUAAUUUCUUUUGGUUACGGAUGCGGUAAAGCAGGUUAUCCUGGAGUAUAUACACGUGUAUCAGAUUAUGUUCCAUGGAUUAAGGGCAUAGCUGAAGUGUUCACCUUUUGA